AUGGCGCCCGUACAAAACUCAAGCAGCCGUGUGCCGGCGAGCGUCAACGACUAUACUGUUCUACCUCUGUCUAUCCCGCCUACCGACUCUUUUCCUCAAGCGACAAAACACUAUCUCUAUCUACGACCCAACGCCCCCAAAGUGGCUACUGAAAAUACACCACGCGAGCUGUUUGUCGUAAACCUACCCAUCGACGCCACGGAAACACAUUUACGUUCGCUCUUUGCAACACACGGCGCGGGCGCAAGAGUAGAAAGAGUAGAGUUUGAAGGCACGAGGACGGGCAAGAAACUCACAGCGCCGGUGACGAGUAAAAGCGGCAAGAAGAGGAAGAGAGGAGGUGAUGGUGAGAGCAAAAUGGUCGAGUUGCCGGAGUUGUGGGAUCGAAGGGUAGGCAGGAGUGGGAAUACUUGUGUGGUGGUGUUUGUGGACGCGAGUGCGGCGGAGAUGGCGUUGAAGGAGGUUAAGAAGGUUGUCAAGGCGGGCAAGGAGGUUGUCUGGGGUGCUGAGACGGAGAAGGUGCCUGCGUUGGGUGCUGCGAGAUAUUUGAGCCAUCAUGCUCUUCGCUUCCCCUCGACCGCCGCUCUACAAGCCUCAGUAGACGCCUACAUGACCGCCUUUGCCGAACAAGAAGCCACCCGCGCCCGCCUGCUCGCGCGCCAACGCGCCGAACCCGACGAAGACGGCUUCAUCACGGUAACACGCGGAGGACGCAUGGGACCAGCACGCCAAGAAGAAGCACAAGAAAAAGCCGAAAAGCAAAAAGAGAAACAAAAGGGCAAAGAAGACUUUUACCGCUUCCAGAUGCGUGAGAAGAGGAAGGAGAAGGCUAAUGAACUGCUCAAGGGCUUUGAGGAGGAUAGGAAGAAGGUGGAGGCUAUGAAGAUGAAGAGGAACAAGUUUAGACCUAAUUGA